UGGAGUGCAAGUACUUUGUUUGAGAGGAAAUGACAUCACAGCACCAAGACCUGCCACAAAUACACUGAAAACAGAUGAGGACCAAAGAUAUUUCAGAUGUGUUUUGACUUAGAGUUGGACAUAGUUCAGCCUCUGUUCCAAAAGGCUCUGAGGCAAAAACAAUCAGGCCAUAAAACAGCCUUUGGAGCGACACUGUGAAAUAUGUCUGCUGGGCACAAAGAGACUCCGCGAGACACUACAUGUCAAACUGGACCUGUUGUUUUUUUCUCAAACCCUUUGAUGAGUGAUGUGGAAUCUGACUGGUCUCCAAUUCAUGAUGCAGCUUUUAAUGGACGUGUCCUUGCUCUGAAAAGACUAAUUGCUCAGGGUACUUGUGUAAAUCUAAACACACUGGACCAGGUCUCCCCCCUCCAUGGAGCAUGUUUACAAGGCCACGUGGCUUGUGCUGAGCUUCUGAUAGAAAAUGGGGCAAAUGUAAACAGUCCAACUGUGGAUGGACAAACUCCUCUGUCAGAAGCCUGUGCCCGGGGCCAUGUGACCUGCGUAUCGUUACUCCUUCAACAAGGGGCGACUCCCCUGGGGACCAGUCAGUCCAGCUCUCCAAUCCACAGAGCUGCAGCCAAAGGUCACCCAGAGUGCAUUGAGCCUCUUAUUCAGUAUGGUGCCGAUGUGGAUCAGUGUAUAGACCAGUUGGGUUCCCCUCUCCAUGCUGCAUGCUCCAAUCGCCAUUUGAGUACUGUGGGCAAACUGCUUCAACUCGGUGCUAGUGUGAACAACAGUGUGUCAGGUGACUCACCCCUGCACAUCGCUGCUCGUCUGUCCAGCCCAGAGUUGGUGUCUGUCCUGCUUGAUCAUGGGGCCAAUUGCUCCCUCAGGAACCUAGAGGGCAAACAGCCACUGGACCUUGUGUCUCCCAACAGCCUGGCGGAGAGGCUGCUAAGAGAAGCUGGAGGAGUGCCUCCCCUAAUGCAGCUGUGCCGGCUGGACAUCAGGAAAACUGUGGGCAAGCAAAGGCUGGGUGGGAUUCAUCACCUUCACCUCCCCGCAGAACUGAAACAGUAUCUUCUUUACCAAUCGGACCCCAAGGAAAAUCUAAUCCCCUGAGAAAUUCAACCUUUAAAACUCAGAACCUUAGAGCAUUUCACUUCUAGAUCAAUAGGGGGCAGACUUGCAUAAUCUGGCAGUGAGAUGACAUGGUUGUGAUAGUAAUCAACUGUUCUCAGGAUCAAUCUGGACUUUAAUAUGGAAACUUAAAACUCUUGAUCAUUAAAUAUUCGCAAACAACACAACAUACAUAUUUAAAACAAGAAUCUGGGCUCAUAAGGUCCAAUAAAUGAUGCAAAAUUAAUGUUAGUUUAAAAUACUGAAAUAAUAUUUGUAAUAUUACACAAUUCCAUUUUUAAAAUGUUUUUUUAUUAGUGACAAUAAUUCUGGGAAUGUUGAAGGGAUGAACUUUAUAUUGUUUUUGAUGGUGCUGUGAGAGACUUGAGACUGUUUUUAGUUUGGACUUAGAGUAGGUGUCCAGCUUAGUCAUUUCAAAAGAUCAUCCAGAGGUGAAUUUAAAAAAAAAAAAAAAAAAAAAAAAAUAGCUGAGCACACACCAUGAUUAUCAUGACAAUGAUUGAUUACACAAAGUAAUGUAGUUUUUCAUACUGUAAUGAUCAUGAUCAAGUAACUAUGAGUCAGCAUUCACUGUGCACAAACCACCAGGGGUUUGAGCUACUGCCUUUUUCUUCCUUCAUUUGUUCUCUUCUAGUUCCUGUUUUCGUAUUCAAACGUGUUCAAGCAUUAUUGAAUACUGAUGUAAAAUAACUACUAUCCAGUUGUCCAUGCAGUGUGAAAUGUAUGGCUGUUUAAGACAUGCACCGCAUAUUUUGCCAUAGAUUAUAUUUAAAAAGGAGACACAAUUUAUAGAAAUAUCUCUUCAUACAGACUGAAGAAAAAUGCUUAUACUCCUGUCACAUUUUUAACUCACUGUAAAAACAGAAUCUAAUGUUAUGUGUUUGUGGUUGAACACAGGAUGUGUUUGGAUAAGAAAAAAAACUCUGCUUCCCUUAGAGUCUAGAGAGAGUAUUUUUAAAAACAAGCACAGCACAAGGAUCAAGAAAAACAAAAUGGGAAUGUGAACACUGAAUGCACUGGGAGUAAGGACAAAAUGCUUUAAUAUAAAUAAAUAACUGUAAAGUUUU